UUUGAAGACCCUUCUAGACCCACCAUGGCCUGUGGGUGUGCCUAAGUGGUGUUCUAAAGGUUGGAUGUGACUUCCGCUAAGGGGAAACUCUGCCGAAAUUUCGUGGACGCCGACACUCGUGAAAAUAUCGAGGGAGCUGAGUGUGGACAGCAAAGGGGAGCUGAAAUUCGUCAUUUCUCAAGGAGAAGAUGAAUGAGAGAGGAGGAGAUGCUAAUGGAAGAGGAGCUGUAGCUGAGAAGACAAAGGUAGAGGCCGAGGUGACUAUAAUGAGGGGCAUGGGAGCUCUAGUGGCAGGGGGAGUACCAGAAUGGAGGGCAUCUGCUGGUACUGCAAGAAGGUCGGGCAUCCUUGGUUCAAGUGCUUCAGCAGGCCGGAGGGAUGGGCACCUCCAGGCAUGAAGCCGCCAAGUGGUGAACGCGCACAAGGUGGCGCUGUGCAAGACUCAGCAGCAAUGGCAGCAGCGGCAAAGGCAACAGCAGGAGGAGAUGCAACUGCACCAACUGAUGGGGUCCUCGAAGCAGUCAAGAAAGUGCAGAAGCAGCAGACACAUGGCGAGCAGAAUGGUGUGGCUGAGAGGUUCAACAGGACCCUGCAGGAGGGGGCACGCACUCUCCUUGGGCGUGCAGGGCUGCCUGAUCCGUUUUGGGUGUCUGCACUGAGCCAGGUCGCCCUUGUGAAGAACAGGGUGCUGGCUACAGUUGGGGAUAAGGAGUGGAUCCCAUAUGUCAAGUGGUAUGGGAGUGCUCCAGCUGUGAACAUGCUGAGGGCAUUUGGGUGCAUGGUGGUGUUUCAUGUGCCUAAGGAGAAAAGGGGGAAGUUGGAGGCUUCUGGAAGAUGGGGUGCGCACUUGGGGAUUGCAAAGGAUCACAAGGGGUGGCUGCUAUGGGACUUGACCACCCAGAAGCUAACAGUGUCAAGGGAUGUGAAGUUUUUUGAGUCCCUGUACUACAAGGAAUGGAAGCAGCAGCAACAGAAGCUUCCAUCUACACCGCUCAUUGAGAAGGAUGAAAUCCUCAUGCUCUUGGUGUAUGUGGAUGAUAUCCUUCUCUUUUCUGCAUCAACUGCUUUGCUGGACAGCGCAGAGCAGAUGCUGGAGAUGCAGUUCAAGUGUUCCAAGAUGGGUGAGGUGAAGUACUACCUGGGGAUGCAUGUGGAGAGAGAUCUGGAAGCGGCCAAGAGGUUGGUCCGCUAUGUGAGCACUACGGCAUCAGUGGGAUUGGAGUACAGUGGAGUGAGGCAGCGGUUGCAGAGAGGUGCUGCAGAUGUGAAGAUUGGAGAGAUGCUCUUGAGUUGCUAUACUGACGCUAGCUUCAACUCAGUGAAAGCGGAUGGCACCAGCAUUGGGGGUUAUGUGUGCUUGCCAGGAGGUGGUGCUUAUGCUUGUUUGCAUGGGCUGACAAAACACAUAAGGCCUAAGUGGCAUUGGGUGAGGAGACUCCUUGAUAAGGAGGUGCGGCUGGAGAUAGUGAAGACCCAUCAGCAAGCAGCAGAUAUUUUCACUAAGCAUCUGGCGGAGGCGGAUCAUUGGAAGGGCAUGAAGCUUGCUGGGACGAGUGUGCAUUGAGUAUGCAUGCUUGAGAUGUUGGUA